GCAAGGCACAGCUUUGAAGGCCACUAAGAGAUGCCAUUUUACGGACACUGAGAUCCGGCUUGGUAUGAUUUCUGCAGCCGUGUAUAAGAGCAGGUGGCGUCGCCAUGAGACAAAAGGAGGGGUUGUAGUGAUUCGUGUUUCUGAGAAGCUGGCCAGUUCUCCUUUCGUUAGACGCUUUUCUAAACUUCUAUCAUUCUUUUCCCCACUAUGAAGUCGCUUCUUUCCAUUGUAGCACUCGCCGCUACGGCCGCCGCCGCACCCACCGGUGACCUUGAAACCCGUCAAAUAGGCAGAUGUAGUAUGACCUGCAACGAGCUCGAGAGGGGAAGCUGCGCGGAGGUCAUCUUCAUCAUGGCCCGGGCAUCAACCGAGCCAGGUAACAUGGGAAUGUCCGUCGGCCCGGCGGUGUGUUCUGACCUGAAGCGGGCGCACAAUACCAUUUGUCAAGGUGUCGGUGGUGCUUACACGGCUGGCCUGGCGGACAACUUUGGGAGACUGAACACGUCCCCAGCCGCCAUCCAGGAGGCGACGAAGAUCUUCAACCAGGCGGUCCAAAAAUGCCCCCAGUCCGUUAUUGUUGCGGGAGGCUACAGCCAGGGUACCGCUGUGAUGCACAACACCAUCUCUGGGCUGCCUCCCAACAUCCAAGAGAAGAUCGCGGGCGUCGUCCUCUUCGGCGACACUCGCAACGAGCAGGACAACGGACAGAUCCCCAACUUCCCGCGCGAAAAGGUCAAGAUCUUCUGCAACACGGGCGACCUGGUCUGCUCCGGCUCCCUGACCAUCACUAUGUCCCACUUCAUGUACAGCGGCGAUGUCCCCGACGCGGUGAGGUUCCUUUCGCAGCAGAUCGGUGGAGGGGGUGGUGGCUCUUCCGGUGGCAGCGGACUCGGUGGUCUGCUUGGAGGCGGCAGUUCCGGCGGAUUUGGUGGUUUGUUCGGUGGAAGUUAGUGAACACGGCUAUUUCGAUGUAGUCCGAAGACUUCAUUGAUGGACAGACGCAGGUUUACCGUUUACAGAGGGGUCUCUUUUCC